CGCAUGGAGCACACCAGGACGUCCCAGAGCCCUCGAUGGCCUUUGUUUCAACUGUCAUGGGUAUCGUAGAAUGAAAAUUGGGCGCUGAAAUUUCGCGUUUUUUGUUAUACAGGCAUCGCCCUACAGCGCCCGACGAAUGCAUACCGGUAUGUCUCGUUGCUACCAGAACUCUGACCUCCGUAUCAAGAAGCAGGUUAUCAUGAUCUAUCACCAUGUUCUCUGUCCGAAUACAAUAACACCUUUCGGCAUUGCGCGCUUUUUGUUUUCUUCCUUUCUCCGUCAGGCCUUUAUAUUCCCUGCAAGGAUGGCCUCUCGUAUGCUUUGGCUCUUUCCCAGGUUUCUCUUCACCCCCUACCGCUUCCCCGCACGCUGGCGUGCCACUCUAGACAAAGGACUUUUCACGACCUCUAGCUUUACCUCCAACAUCUAAUUGACUGUUCCAUCCGACUGUACACGUUUUUUUCGCACUUACGCUUUACUACUCCCCGACGCGCGCACACGUUGAAUGACCCUGCCCCGCACCGAAGCUGAUAUCAUCAUGACGCCACACAACGACCCCACGGACCUGCCCCGUCCACGCUCCGAAAGAUACCUCAAAGAAUGCCGCCUCUUCAAACUGACAGACAUCGUCCGCCUCGCGCGCGAGCGCCAGCAGCGGAUCUGCCGCGAGUACAAAAACACCGCGGAGUCGAUACCCAGCCUGUCCAAGCUGAAGGCGAGGAGAAAGCUCCUUGACCCGGAGAGUCCCCUCAAGGGCCUCAAUCUCGGCCGACUGGUCAAUGCGUUCGAGGACCAGGCCAAGUUCCAUGGCUGGGAGAAGGCUCCCGUCGUUGUAGCUUCCCCAAGUCCAUCGCCACGCAAUGAGCCCCAGCCAAACCCGGCGGCUCAUCCACCAAUGCUCCAGGAGAGGCCCCGAUCGCCGAUCGCUUCUCCCCCCAGCACAUCUGACCGACGCGCUGAGCUCGCGUGGAAGAUGGACUGCUGGCAGGCGAUGCUCGAGCGCGAGCAAGAAUUCAUCCGCCAUCGGCGGCAGGUCGACCCCCAGCUCAUGGAUCGGUACCGAUGGGCCUCGCGCGAAUACCAGCACGAUCGCCAGAUCACGCUCUGGUGGCAACGCCUGGUCCUCGACGAUCCAAAGCGACCGCGCAGGGGCGACGCGCCGCCGACGCAGGCAGACGGGGGCGACUGGCAGAGCCCCGCCCCCGCGCACUGUCUCCGGUCCCACGAAGAACACCGCGCGCAGCAUUCGUACUACGAUCCUGCGCGGGACGCCUACUCGAGCCGUCACGGGCUCCAGGAGCUGGACACACGCCUCGGCCGACAGGAGCACCCUGCGGGCGGCGCGCGGCACCACGAAACGCGCGCGACUCACCUCCCCCCUCGGCAGCGCCGACGUGUCACGGAGAGGUGCACGAAGCCGACGCUGCCCUCGCCACGGCCCCACCAUAUGCGGCUCUUGUCCCCCUUGCAUCUGCCCUGGCCGGCCGCGCAGCACACCCUCGUCCCCCCAGAUUACGCAUUCACCCCCGUUUAUUCGCUUCCGCGGCACGGUCGCGAUCCGGUGGAGCGUGCGGAUUUGAGGCAUUUCGAAUGCGUGCCUGCUGACAGAGAGCACGGAUCAUUCGCGCGCGCGAUGCCCCGCAUCUUUAUAUCUCCAGAACUGGCGCCCUCGGACGACUCUGUCGUUACUGAUGCUCCCAAGCCACGGAGAAUUGCUCCGUUGUUGAUCCCUUGGCUCAAUGAGCCGGAUCGUCUAUCCCCAAAGGGUCAUGCUCUUCUUACACCGGCAUCCUUGUCACGGCCAAAGAGAAGAUCGGAAGAACAGGCCCCGGAUCCUCAGCCUUGCAAGCGUUUCAAGCCCGACGCGGACGACGCCGAACCCUCAGACAACGCCCUCAAGCUGAGGCUCUUCCCCGACCGGCCGUGACGUCGAUGACCCGAACGAACAUUUAUUUUCUGAUUUACCUUUUCCACGAAUCAUGUCUCUUCUGAAGGACCUUUGUCGGAUAGAUUGUGUGCUUUGCUUAACGACCGCGCGCUCACGACCCGCAUGAUGCUUAUUGUGUUAUUUCUCUUCCAUGCCACUCAUGCGUUUUUUUCUGUAUACCUAUAGUUAUUGUGUCGAUUCUCUGUGCCCAUCCGUAUGUAUUCAUAGUUUCUGGCCGCUUUUAAUAUAUCUCUCUUCUCAUGAAUUCCUCG